UCAGCUGACCCGAGGCAGAAACGCCCAUCUGUCUGUCGUCUGCUUUGCCUCGCCGCUUGCCACUAUCCGAUUUAACUGAGUUGGCCGCUGAGGCGACAACCCCUUCGUGGCCAGUUUCACCACAGCUGCUAGUUACUCUAAAUUAAAAAAAAAAAUUGUGACUGGCCGAGUGCACGAGGCAGACUUGAGGAGUUGAGGAGCACCGGUCUGUCAGUGUGUACUGAUCGUUGUCUGUAAGAAAGUCGACGACCUCAGCGUAGUGUGGAAAAGUCAGCAAGGAAUUUCCCCACCUCCUUUUCGCAGUUUCCUGUCGACUUCAAAAGCGGACAUCCGCGGCUGUGUCCCACCAGAUUAUAAAGCGCUGUAAUUGUUUUCCGAAGUUUCCCCCCAUAACCUGUGUUGGGUAAAAGUUGGACCGGACUUGAAUUUUGUACUUUAACAGAAUGGCUACGAUCGAUAAGCAGGAAGUUCACGAAGCUUACGAGGAUGUCAGAAACGACGAAACACCUACAAACUGGCUAAUGCUCCGAUACGCGGACGACAACUCCAUUACAUUGGCGGGCAAGGGAGAAGACUACGAUGACUUGAGAAACAGCUUGGGAGAAAACGACCGCGCCUUCGCCUUUGUGCGGAUCACGAUGGGGGACGAGCUGAGUAAGCGUGCCAAGUUCGCGCUCAUCACGUGGGCGGGCAGCAACGUGGGGGGCAUCAAGCGGGCCAAGAUGAGCACGGCCAAGAUUGUCGUCAAACAGGUUAUAAAGAGCUUUGCGGCGGAGAUCAACGCCACAGACCAUGCGGAGGUAACUCUUGAUGUUGUGAAAGAUGUGCUUCUGAAGGCAGGGGGAGCUAACUAUGGAACUGGCGUGCGCGAGUAACGACAACAAAACGGACGUGCAUCCAGAAGUUGAGCCCGCGCCUGCUUUUAUGCUGCCAUGGGUACACUGACGAAGGACGUGGGAUUCUGUCCUCCAACUCUCUCUCUCUCCCAACCCCCCCAUCUCCCCUAGUCCCACAACAACCAGUUUCAUCAUUUGAGUUCCACAGACAACGCAGCGAGGCUAUCUAUUCAAAUCAGGGCAAAUCAUUUCAAAGAUGACAUCAGGACCAAUCAUUUCGAAGAUUACUGCCUCCAUCUUUGUGACUACUUGUCGAGAUACGAACGCACAUGAAUCGUCUACUUACAGUAAUAAUGAGUGUUAAAACAUUGUGCCCUUCAUUUUAUUUUUUAACGACUUGAAGGUGUCAAUUUGCUUUGUAAAUUUUGUUUUCUUAAGAUAUUUUUAACUGUUAUAUUUAGCUUCAUUUUUUGAUGUACAAUUUUUUAAAGUUAAAAUCUUCAUGCUAGGGUAAAACGCAUAUAGGCAGUGUGUAAAGGUCAGGUAGAUCUUGUGAACUGGUUGCCUAGAAACUGCACACACUUGUUUAAACUCUGUAAUAACACAUUAUAGAUAGAAUAAAUGUUUUCAUUUCAAAAUAUCGUAUUAUAAAAGAAAGUCAAAGAUUUCUUGGAACUAAAUUUCUAAAUGAUUAGCACAUUGAAUGAAGACUUUAUUUAGGAUGUUUAGUGUGAACUUCCACUUCAUUAGUGGCAUCGAGUGCUGUGUAAAAAUUGUGGCUUCAGCACAAUGUAUUUAAUCAUUGGGUGUAACACACCCCAGUGUAAAUGUAGAUGCUUAUUAUCUUGUUGAACAGCUGUUGCACGCUAAUGGAAAUGAACACCAAGAGCUGAAUGCUUGUGGAGACAAGACUGUUGUGUCAAAUGUCAGUGUUAUUUGCAGCAACAAUGCUCACAAAGGAUGUUAUGUUUACUGUGAAAAAUAUUCUUUGUAACAGUAUCACCGUGACAAUUUAAGAUAUUUUUACCAUGACUCACCUGUGUCCGUCUUAUCUUUUGAUCUCUGGCGGUUGCACAUAACACUGAUUGUUUAUUGACUGGCGUCUGUUCAUUCAUUUUGCUUUGAGAAUUUAAAAACUACUCAGCGUCAAAAUACUUUAUUCACCUGGAGUACAGGUUAUGCAUACAUAGCAAAUGUAAUCUAAGCCUUCUAAGUCAUAUUCCUCGGGGCUUAGCAGAUCCGCUUUAUAUUUAUUUUUGCAAACAAAGCACCUCAGUUCGAUUGCAAGUAGGUGACUAGUUACUGAUAUUUUUUCGUGUAGCUAAAUGGAAGCGUAAGAAAUUAUCCUCAGGAAAAAUAAAAGUAAUUUUCCUAGGAAAAUAAAGAGAAAUCGUACUGCUGUAAAGAAUGAAAUGACUGAUUAUGUUAUAAAUAAUAACAAAAUAAAAUAUUGAAACCUCA